AUGGGAAUCUGCCACGGCAGCCUCCCCCAGACCACCAAGCCCUUGAGGAGGGAGCUGAAAGAGAAGCUGCAGAGUCCCAUCAUUGUCUUUAUGAUAGGAGGUCCAGGCUGUGGCAAGGCAGUCCAGAGUUCCCGCAUGGCCGUCAAGUACAAUUUCUACCACAUAGCUAUCGGAGAGCUGCUGCGGGAAGAAAGCAGCAGGGCCACCAACAAGGGAAAGGCCAUCCGGGACAUUCUGCUCAAAGGCACUCUGGUGCCCUCGGGCUUCAUCGUGGAGCUGCUGACUGACAACAUGCUAAAAGCAGAGAAUGUCAGUGGAUUCAUUAUUGAAGGCUUCCCCCGGGAAAUAAACCAAGCCAAGCUGUUUGAGGAAGUUGUGGGUCGUUUGCCCAACAUAGUUAUCGUGUUUGACUGCUCUACAGAGACAAUGAUCCAGCGACUGCUGAUCCGAGGCCAAAUGGGCGGACGUGUGGAUGAUCACGAGAGAAUCAUCCGGCAGCGGCUGGAGACCCACUAUUCGCUGUGCGAGCCAGUCCUCACCCACUACCUCCAGAAAAGCAUACUCCGGAAUAUCCUUGGAGACGAGCCCCCGGAUAUAGUCUUUAGCAGGUGCUGCAGUGUUGUUGAUGAUGUGAUAAAGGCAGCUGCAUCAACUGCACAGCUAUUUAGUUCUACAAAGAAAUAAAGGUUUAAAGCUGC